CUCAAUCUUGCUAAUACUACCUGUUCUCUCCUGUUCCCCCCUCUUCUUGCUGUAAUGCCCACUCUGUUUUGUAGCGAAUAGAGGUGUCUCCCCUUUGUCUCCUGUUCCCAGUAUUGUUGCCAUUCCUGAUUUAUUUUCUUCCACACAAUGUGUCUUCCUUCAGAUUUGGAUAAUUGGCGGGCUGCAGAUAAAAUGGCUGCGAACGACCAGGUGGAGAGUUGGACCGAGGAGGUAGUUUGUCCCAUCUGCCUGCAUUUCUUCACCGACCCGGUGGCGCUGGACUGCGGGCACAACUUCUGCCGCUCCUGCAUCACACAGAGUUGGGACAGGGAGGGGAGAAACUCCUGCCCGGAAUGCAGAGAGGAAUCUGCAAACCGCACCCUCAGGGUGAAUCGGGCCUUGGUUAGACUGUCCAUGAAAGCUCGAACACUGAGCCCGAAUCUCAACGCGAAGAAAAGCAAACUUCAGUGCGAGGAACAUCAGGAAGAACUGAAGCUGUUUUGUGAAACUGACAAGAAACUGAUCUGUUUGAUUUGCACAACUGCGGGGGAACACGGGUCUCACAGCUUAAUGCUGAUAGAAGAAGCAAUUGAAUUCUACAAGGAACAGGUGAAAUCUUCUUUUGAUUCUCUUACAAAAAAGGAAUCAGAGAUCCAGAAAACGGAGCAGGAACAGAAAGAGAGCAUUUCUGGAGUUCAGGAAGAGUCGCGCAACCUUCAGUCACUGAUCACAUCCCAGUUUGCUGAACUGCACCAGAUUCUCACUGAGAAAGAGCAGCGGUUACUCGGAGAUGUCCGGGAAGAAGAGGAGAAGAUUGUAAAAACAAUGGAGAAAAAUCUUCAAGAGAUUCAAGAGAAUUUAAAUUCCAUUCAGGAGGAACUCUCAAAAUUACAGGGACAGAUAGACCACAAGGACGGUGUGAUAUUUCUGAAGGAGGAAGCUGGUCGCAAGAGCAGGGUUAGUGAUGAAACCAAACCAAUGUUGGUGGUAGAUGGUGCAUUGCCCAUUGAAAAGUAUGAUCGCACCCUUUUCUAUAAUGUGGCAUUGAGGGAAAGAACUAAUCUCAUCAAACGAGUCUCCGUCACCCUGGAUGUGGAAACAGCGCAUCCGAGGCUCGAGGUGUCCGAGGAUCGGAAGAGGGUGAGAGGGAUUCGGACCGAGAGGAGUCUCCCUGACACCGGGAAGAGGUUUACAGACAGUCUGUGUGUCCUGGGAUUGGAGGGAUUCACAUCGGGGAGACAUUACUGGGAGGUGGAGGUGGCGGGGAGUCGUGGCUGGAGUCUGGGAGUCGCCGCAGAGUCUGUGGAGAGGAAAGGAGAGGACGACCUGACCCCGGAGACUGGAGUCUGGAGCAUCGGGCGGUGGGAUGACGAGUUCGAUGCACUCACCUCCCCUCCAUCCCAUCUCCCUGCCCGUUCCAUCCCUGGGAAGGUGGGAGUUUAUCUCGGUUACGAGUCCGGGACAGUUGCAUUUUAUGACGCGGACACCAAGUCCCAUCUCCACACCUUCGCCGGGAAUAAAUUCACGGAAAAACUUUAUCCUUACUUCUGGACGAGGGACGAAGCCCAGUGGCUGAGAGUCUGCUCCGGUUCUGCUCCGGGUGUGUAAAAAGAGUCGGGUCCCGGGAACGGCGUCAGAAGCGGGGCUGAGUGGCAGAAACCCGGUGGACAACAGCCCGGCGCUGCACAGGCCCCAUUUAAUCCCCAUAUUCCGUGUCGUGAAACCGCAGUGAGCGCGGAAAUAAAACGGGGAAUGUAAAUGUGGGGAGAAGUGAAAUAAACAGCAACUGAAA